AUGGGAGUGGAGAAGGGCACAUAUCUCUUCAUCUACACAACGUGGAAUUUCCUCACAUCCCAUAAUGGCUUUCAAUUGACUGAAUGGACCUUGCUCAUAUCCGAGUUAAAUGUACCACCUAAACUCCUGGAAGAUCUGUACAUCACAUCAAGCGAGGCACAUCUGCAGAGGAUUGGUUCUGCUCCUGCUCAAGGUCUGACCCCACCUACCCUGAUCAGGUCUACAGAGACUUACAUCUUGCCGCUCUGUCCUCCGUUUCUGGACUUUGAUCUGGGGCCGCAGGCUUGCAGCACAACUCUCCGCCAGCGGGUCACCAUGUUCGGCUCUGGGCAACUCCUGUCCUCCCUGGGCCCUGGCAUGCUCCACACUCCCAUGCCUUCCUUCUUUCCAGCCUUCUCUGGCAGGCCAGGCCCCCCUCAGCUCCUGAUCCCAACUCCGCUGCUCAGCUACGAGCUCCUGCGUGCCUACCUUCAGCCUGAGCCCUGCAAGCAGGCCCUGCUACUGGCCUCACAGGUUCACCUCUCCAACAGCAUUGAUGAACCGCGGCCAGUGAAACAAAGGCGCGCGCGGGCCAACUACAGCAGCUGGCAGCUGGAGGAGCUGGAGAAAGCGUUCGAGAGCACGCACUAUCCUGACGUCUUCAUGCGCGAAGCGCUGGCACUCCGACUGGACCUGAUUGAGGCCAGAGUGCAGGUUUGGUUCCAGAACCGUCGAGCGAAAAUGCGCCGGCAGCUGAAGCUCCAGGGACAAGCGGGGGAACCGUGCGCUGGGCGCGACGCCGAGGGCAGGCCGCCGGCGUCGGCAUCCAACGGGAGCGCGGAGCCGGAGAGCAAGCUGGGACCGCGCUGCUGGGACAGGAAGCAGGAGAGGGGAAACACCUCCUGGCCCAUGCCUUCCACAGCAGCCGGGAGCAGCCCCGGGCAGAGCCUGCUUGGGGGAGCCGGAGAGCGGGCCGGAUCGGAUAGACCCAGCCCGGAGGACUUCCGCUCUUGCAGCAUUGCUAAACUGAGAGCCAAGGCUAGGGAUUACGAGGCGGAGAUCCACAGCACGGUGGCCAAGGCGACCCGGGAGCGGCACCUAAAAGCGCGCUCGUCCACCGCAGACGCAGAAAGUGACUGAUAGUGGUCCUGCUACCUGGACGCACGAACUUCACCGUGUCAUGAGACUAGUGCAAAUGUCUG